GUGCCACAAAAACAACCAACAGCCAACAGAGUCUGAGAGUCGAGUCGAGCAAACAGCAAAAGCAAAACCAAUUCAGCCUACUAGUCGCAUACUUAACGUCAGCCACAACCAUGAAGCGGAACUACCUGUUGCUCUGCCUGAGCCUGUUGACCUGCCAUGUUGCCCAUGCGUCCUACUUGCGCCUAAACAACAACGAUAAUCAGCAACAACAAUUGCAACAACAACAACAGCAGCAGCAGCAACAAUUGCCCACCGAGCUGAACAAUGAUGAAAGCAACUUGUCGGACUCAACAACUUUAGAGCCAAAUUCUAGCGAGGAUUACGAUAGCAGGCCACAAUAUACUUUCGCUUAUGAUGUGCGUGAUGUGCUCACCGGUGAUGAUAAACGCCAGGAGGAGCAGCGCGAUGGUGACUUGGUUAAGGGUCAGUACUCGCUCAUCGAACCCGAUGGCACGCGCAGAAUUGUGGAGUACACAGCGGAUGAUGCAAGUGGCUUUAAUGCUAUUGUGUCCAAGCAGCGUGUGGAUGAGCGUCAGAAUUUGAGAGCGAGCUCGGCUGCAGCUUCUGCUUCCGCUGCAGCUUCUGCUUCCUCUGCUUCAGCCACUGCCUCCAGCAGUUCGCGUUACAACAGCAUUGAGGAUCUGCAAUCCCGUCUAACCGCUCAGGCUAUACGCGAUUCCGAGCAGCAGGCGCGUCUUCAGGCUCAACAGCUUAUGGAACAGUUCCAGCAACAGGUGCAGCAGCAGCAGCAACAACAGCAGGAGCAACUGCGUCAACAGCAGCAGCAGCGCCAACAGCAGGAGCAGCUCCAACGCCAGAACGAACAGCGUCGUCUAAGUCAGAGCCAAGCUCAAGCUCAGUCGCAGUCGCAGUCACAAUCCCAAGCUCAAUCCCAGCGUCUGUUGGAGCAGCAGCUGCUGCAGCUGCCCAGCUCCCGUCUGCUGGGUCAGAGCCUGCAAGCCAGCAUCAUUUCUCAUCCCGCCAGCUUCAACUCACGCUUGAACAACAAUCGUGAGCGCGACUCCUGGCAGCAGCUGCCACGUCUCUCCAUUGAACGCUCUCCCUCCUCCGCUCAGACGCUGCUGCUCUCUCAACCCUCCAGCGCUUCUCUGCAGGCUUCACUCAUCAGCAGCUCUUCGCCUCUGCUGCUCGACUCUUCCAAUCUCAACAGCUUGCGUCUCAAUGCUCGCGCCAAUGCUGCACUCAGCUGGAAUGAAGGACGUCGUCUGCUCCAGCACGAGCUCUGGCAAUUGGACAACUUGGAGAACAGUCGCGACAACAGCAACAACAACAACAACAACAACGCCAACAUUCGUCGUGCCCAAUGGUAAAAUUAAUUUCAAACUGAACUCAACUUGACGCUCGCUUCAAAGGACUUACGCUCAAAUUUUAACUUUAAGCCAAAACAUUGUGUUAUUUUCUUAGUUUUUAGCCGCGGGAUUUGGUUCACUUUACAAAAAUCACUGCCCAUCAAGCAUCUAACAACAGUUUCGUUCUAUCUCUUUCUAACUGUCGCUAACACUAGCCUAUAAGAAUAAUUGUUUUUUUUUUAGCUAGCAAACUGCAAUAAUGUAAAAAAAAUGUUAUAA